UCAGCAGUGGGAAGGGAGGUCCUGGAACCAGGGUCACCGCUCCAAAGGGGACAUCCUCAAAGAGGCAUCCAAGACUUCAGGAAGAUAGACAAAUAAAGAUUGGGAGAGAUACCACCACCCAAGAGAGACAACCUGAAAGUCAGAACGAAACAAGGCACAAGAACCCAUCAAAGUCAGCUGAAGUCAGGCUUGAAAGAAGUUCAACUGCUAAACGUCCCCAUGGGCUUCCAGGGGCCUUGGUUGCAUACUUGUCUCCUUUGGGCCACAGUAGCCAGCCUGCUGUUCCCUCCACUGGUGACCCAGGAGCUGAGAGGGGCUGGGCUGGGCCUUGGCAACUGGAACAACAAUGCCGGCAUCCCCGGGUCUUCAGAGGACAUGUCGGCUGAGUUUGGCCACCACAUCCACAGCCGUGGGGGCCAUCAGGGUGAGAAGGACAGAGACCACAGGGAAGAGGAUGACAAUUUCUCCAGGGAAUACGGCCACCGGCUCCAAGACCACAGGUACCCUGGCCACGAGGCUGGGGAGGAGAAUGGCUCGGAAGAGGUCUUCAGAGGGCAUGUGAGACAGGCCCAUGGGCACAGAGGACACGAUAAUGAAGAUUUGGGGAACUCAGCGGAGCCUGAGGACCACUUCCCCAGCCAGAGGAGUCACAGCCAUGAAGAUGAAGAUGAGGAUAGCAUCGUCUCCAGUGAGGAUCACCAUCUUGUCACCAGGCAUGGUCACCAUGGCCACGGAGGGGAAGAUGAUGGGGAGGAAGUAGAGAACUCUGAUGAUAAGCACAAGGCCCAUGGUCACCAGAGCCACUCAGAGGAAGGAGAUGAAGAGGGUUCAGAUGAACACCAUCAUGCCCACAGCCUUAGACAUGAAGGCCACAAAGACGAGGAUGAUGAUGAUGAUGAAGAUGGUGAUUCCACUGAGCGUGGGCACCAGGCCCACAGACACCGAGGCCAUGAAGAGGAUGAUGAUGAAGAUGGUGAUUCCACUGAGCAUGGGCACCAGGUCCACAGACACCAAGGCCAUGAAGAGGAUGAUGAUGAAGAUGGUGAUUCCACUGAGCAUGGGCACCAGGUCCACAGACACCGAGGCCAUGAAGAGGAUGAUGAUGAUGAAGAUGGUGAUUCCACUGAGCAUGGGCACCAGGUCCACAGACACCGAGGCCAUGAAGAGGAUGAUGAUGAUGGCUCCCCUGAGCGUGGGUACCAGGCCCACAGACACCGAGGCCAUGAAGAGGAUGAUGAUAGUGAUGGGUCCCCUGAACAUGGGCACCAGGUCCACAGACACCGAGGUCAUGAAGAGGAAGAUGAUGGUGAUGACUCAGAUGAAGGCUACUAUCAUGUCCCCAGCCGUGGCCACCAAAGCCACCAAGAUGAGGAAGAGGAAGAUGAGGAUGUAUCCACUGAACAUUGGCACCUGUCUCCUAGACAUACUCACCAUGGUCUUGGAAGUGAGAAUCAAGAAGAGGAGGUAACAGUCAAGUUCAGCCACCAUACUGCGAGCCACCAACCCCAAGGCCACAAGUCUGACAAGGAGGAGGACUUCCCAGAAGAGUAUAUGACAGAAGUUCCUGGCCAUCACCACCACCACAGAGUCUUCAGGGAGGGAGAUGGGGACAUUUCUGCUGAGUUUGGCCACGAGGUCCCCAGUCACAGGCCACAAGAUCAAGAUGAACAGAUCAGCCAGGGUCACAGAGAGUUUGUCCAAGGUGACAUUGGUCAUCAGCCCCUGCAGCCCACAGGGGCUGGUUCUGAAGAAUCAAGAAAGGAAGACGACCACAGCUCUCAAGAAGGAGACAAAGACUCAGAGCAGAGCAAAGGAUCCCACAGUGAAGAGGAGGAGGAGGGUCACGGCCUCCCUAAGAGCCAGGAAGAUGAGGAAAAGGAAGAAAAAGAUGAGCAAGAGAGCAGGGAAGACAGGACUGAGGUUCGGACUCCAGUGAGCUAUCACAGAAAGCAGGAGGAGGAGGAGGAAGAGGAGGAGAUCCUGGAAGAAAACCUGCUACCCUUCACCAUCAUCCCAAACCCCCUGGCUGGAAAGGAGGUGGACACAGAAGGUUCCAGCGAGGAGGAGAGCCGUGAGGUCACAGGUCAGCAGGAUGCCCAGGAGUAUGAGAACUACCAGCCAGGAUCUCUGUGUGGCUAUUGUUCUUUCUGCAAUAGAUGUACUGAAUGCGAAAACUGUCAGUGUGACGAGGAGAACAUGGGGGAACACUGUGACCAGUGCCAGCACUGCCAAUUCUGCUACCUCUGCCCGCUGGUCUGCGAGACCCUCUGCACUCCGGGAAGCUACAUGGACUAUUUCUCCUCCUCCCUGUAUCAAGCCCUGGCUGACAUGCUGGAGACUCCGGAGCCCUGACCUGGCCACAGCUGCGGCAGAAGUACCUCCCCUGGCCUGCCCACCUGACAGGAGGUCUGAAUAAAUGUGC